AUGGUCGCCGACGACUUGUACGAAAAGGCGCUGCCUGUGUUGCAGGACGAGGCCCUGGACGAGGAGGACAAGACGGACAAGCUCGAGGAGCUUCUGCGCAAGGAGACAAACCUCACCGGCAAGUCCCUCGAGAACAUCGUCCUAGACUGCCUAUGGCGCUACCGCGACGCUGGCAGCUCUUCCAGCUCUCCUCCCAGUCGUCAUACCGUCAUCCGCCGGCCCUCGCCAGCUCCCUGGCAGGCCAACCGCGCUCCGACUCCCGUCAACAACUCUCCGCGCAUGGUGCACCCUCCACCAGGCUUUGGCAUAGGUCCACCCGGCUUCGCACGCACAAAGUCGUCGACUGCAUCCCCCUUUACUUCUCCGCGACCCUCGCCCCGACUUGCUUUUUCCACACCGCAUAUCCCCCAUAGCCCCAGCCUGAGCGCAUACCAGUUCAGCGAGUGCGCAAGUCCGAACACAGAGUCCUAUGGCGAUCUCGAUGGCCACUCCGUCGACUGGCUGGUCAACGAUGAUGCUGCAAGCACAGAGUCUUCUCUCCUGGGUGACGGCACGCUCAACGGUGCCGCGGCCGAAUGGGUGCAGCCCCAGACCAUGGACAUGGGCCCGUACGACAUGUUGCGCUCCAUCCUGAGGGACGACCGAUCAGACGAAGAGCUUGAGAAGGUCUUGGAGGCUAAUGGAUAUGACCUCAGUGCUGCCCUGCUUGCACUAAUGGGUCAGCAACUAGACGUACAACAACUCCCCACUACUCCCUCAGAGCAUCCUGGAUAUGUCAUCGGAAAGUCUAUGAGUCCGGCGUUUAGACCUAGCACGCCCGUAGGCCAGCAGAAAAGCAACAUCGUGUGCAAAUACUUCCUAUCAACAGGCCAUUGUGCCAGAGCAGAUUGCAGGUUCAGCCACGACACCAGCAAGACAUUAUGCAAAUAUUUCCUAAAUGGAAACUGUCUAGCUGGUGACACAUGUCUCUUCUCACAUGAUCCCUCUGCUCUCAUGGCUCGCAUGGCUGUCUCAGACGUCCAGACUCCACCUAUACCCAACUUCCAGAUGUCUGAUUAUGAGUUCCCUACACUCCACUACAACGGCUCACCCCUAGGUACCCCAUCGAUAACAUCAGCUGCAACCUCUUUGGAACAGCUCUAUGGUCUUACUAGCGGUGGCCCUACACGUCCUCCACCAGGACUUAGCCCAUUUGCCAACUUCACUCCUGGAGGCGGUAGUCGUCCGCAAUCUAGAACCGGCAGUCGCCAAACCUCACGUGCUACUACACCAUCAGUACUUGCAGUGGACGACAAUGAUGCUUUCCCUAGUCUAGGCUCUGCUGCCGCUGCUAAGACUGGAAAGCGUCACCACGGCAAGCGGGGUGGCCAUGGUCAUCACAAGGAUGCCCCGGGACCUAAUAACCUUGCUGAUGUCGUUCGCAUGUCCCCUGUCCCUGCUCCUGUCACUCCGGUCCGCAAGGGAUUAAGACCAACCAAAAGCUUCACCGGAUCUCGCGAGAAUAGUGUGGCUGCACAGGCAAUACCUGCUCCUCAACACAUUCCGUGGUUAGAGACUGGCGAGAAGGGUAAUCAAGCGUAUCUUAAAGCUCGCGCCGAGGCCUUUAAGCAUGGUAGUCUGCGCAACAAGUUCUUGCAGAGUGCUGCUCAGGCCUGGAACCGUAGUGAUUCGCGCGCGGCUAAAGCUCUUAGUCUUAGGGGGCAGAGCGAGAAUAAUCUGAUGCGUGAAGCCCACCGUGAAGCUGCUCGUAUUCUUUACGAAGAUCGCAACAAGGACAGCGACGGCUCAAGAGAGCUGUAUGUUGAUCUUCACGGUCUGCACCCAGAUGAAUCCGUGUCAUACCUCGAGGGCAUUCUUCUGAAGCACAGCUCAUCUUCUCGUCCAGUGUAUGCCAUCACAGGAACUGGCCAUCACUCCAAGAACGGCAAGGACAAAGUCGGCAAGGCUAUUCGCGGCUUUCUCAACGAAUGGCGCUAUGCUUUCCGUGAGUUCUCUGUUCCUGGCGAUCGUAACAACGUAGGUGGCAUUCUUGGUAUCGACCCGAGUAGCUACGACAAAAGCGUCGCAGAACGGCCGAAGGAGUCCGAAUCAGACGGAGAUAGCUCGAAGAAAGACACCAAGAUUCGCAUCAUGAAGAGAGAUGAUCGGCCUUCUCUGUCUCGCGCGUCAUUGAGCAGCAACGCCAUACCAUUACCUGCGACACCGCACCUCCUUGUCCACUGCCUUUUGAGUGUUAUUCCAUAUCCUGUCGCUAUGGCUCCCCGACGGCCGAGCACGGCUGGCGACAUUGACUCACGCAUGCCAUUCGCAUCGGCUGAGAUGUUGCUGUGGGGCCCAGAAAUGAAACAGCAACAUGCUCACCUGCUCACAGAGAUGCGCAAACUCCAGAGACAUCACGAAGCUUACGAUGUCCGGAUCAAAACUACUGAACAUGUUGCAGAGGCCGCAGAGGCUGCUACAUCCAGAAUCCGUCAUCUAGAGCAGCAACUUGCGGCAAUCGAAGCCGAAGAUGACGACAAAGCAUUCGAAAAGUGGGCAAUGGGCGAGAUGACGCGGCUGGGUAACUUCAUUGACACAAACAAGCACGUCAGGCAGAAGCAGAUCGAGCUGGACAAUGUUAUGUCCCAUGCCGUGGAGGAUCUAGAUAGGCUUAGACAAGUCCCUAGGGAUCUUCAAAACGUUCUUCUGCGUCUUGACGUUCUCGAGGCUGGUCGAACUGAAGACGUCCGUCGGAUCAGGAGCUUGGAAAAAGAACUCACUCAUCUCAAAGCUAUCCAACAUGACCACACUACCAAGACCGCUGGUUCCCAGACAGUUUUCAAGAUCCAGCAAGCCAUCAUGAGAACUAUGGCACCACCUCCGUUACUGAACGACGGGCAUUCAGACGCGACUACUGAAGCUGAGGAUGAAGAGCUGGCCCCUAUGCAGAAACCUACACAUGAAGGAAACCAGAUACGACAAUAUCCAGAGAUGAGAGAAAGGAAUCAAAGCACUACCUUCGCUCCAUCAGUAACCUCAGACAGCCCAACAAAGUCAGCCCGGCAGAGACUGAUGCAGAGGCCAUCGAUUCACGACUCCAUGUUACUGCGCAAUUCGGAAGAACAAGAACAACUCCGAACACCUUAUGCAUUGCCUGAUAAACCAGGAUAUGACAUUCUCCCUGCAACACAGCUCCUGCCACACAUCCAACAGGCUCGAGGUCCGGCUCCAAUCCCAACGCGCGAGGCUCCCUCGCAUGCCAGAGUCUCUCCGCCUCCAACACAACUACUCCGCAACAACCGCACAUCUCCAAUCCUAGCCUCAGUCCCAGCCUCAAUUCUAGCCUCAACAUGUAAGGCCCACCCACGUGCCAGAGUUGCUCCACCAUCAACACAGUUGGUCAGUAAAGCUGGUUCGAGAAAGCGGAAACUACCUGAGAGAGUGCCCCAAACUCAACGUGUGACACGUGCCCAAGCUAAGAAAAGUCAAGCACAGGAGGCUGAUGAGCAAAAGCCGCUAGGGGCAGGUAGUUCUACACCUUUUCCAUCUGUGCAACCAGCCGAGCCCGCUUUAUCGUCGCGCAAGAAGCGAAAAACUGCCCAUGCGCAAGAACCAGAUCAGAUCAAAGCCGAACCCAGCACUACAACCCGGGCCGCCCAUAGAACACCGGCAAUCUCAAGGCGAAGCGCUGCCGCAGAUCGAGGCAAGAACACGGCUAUGGAACCUACCCAGCGGGUUACAAGAAGCCCGACAAAAUCAAACGUGCCAAAGGUUAUUACAUCGCCUGUAAAGAAAAAGGAUCCUUUCCCAGUUCGAUCAAAUGCUACAGAUUCACAGAGACAGAGGUCGUUGAUUGUCAUUCUUCGGAACCCGCAGAAAGCAGCAAGAACUAGACGUAGUGAGAGCGAUGAUACGGAAAGCACCCCUGCAGACAGAGUUAAGAUGUCACCUCGCAAAGCGGCAAUUAUGCCACUGUCACGUUCCAAGGCUAGGAAGAGGUCUAAUGGAACAAGGGCGAAACCGGAGAUAUCUGGAAUCGGCGCUUUCUAA